AUGCGCUUCCUCUCUGUUGCGCCGCUUCUUGCGGCUUUUGUUUCUGUUCUUGCUCAAGGGACUGAGACGUCUACCUCUAGCCCUGCUGCCACUUCGAGCUCGUGCGAUGCCCAGAACAUCCUCGACACCUGUCUCAGCUCAAUCCAAAUCCAAGUCGACAACUGUGGCCCGAACGAAUGGGACUGUCUCUGCGAGCAGACCAACAACCUGCUAACUUGCUACAACAACUGCCCCAACGACAGCGGCCGCAACGGUGUCCAGCAGCAAAAGGUCUCGUACUGCAACGCCGCCGAUGCUGCAGGUCUCCUCUCCUCGACAACCACCUCGACCUUCGCGACGACAACUAGCACGGCUACCUCGACUGCAUCUCAAGAUGACGAUGAGCCUACACCCACCAGCGACGGAGCUGCGUCGUCUGAGACAUCGGAUGAUGCGGCCGCAGGCGUGAGCAUGGAUGUGAGACUGGGAGGCAUGGUUGGCCUUGGGCUGGCUGUGUUGGGUGCUUUUGCUUGA